AUGUAAAUUUAGGUUGAAGAAUAAGAAUUGUGUAAAUUAACACAUCAUAAUAGGACUUUUAUUUGCACAAAUAGUGAAUGUAUUUAAGCUAAAAAAUUAUAAUUGCAAUGCUUCAAAUGUCUAACUUUGUAACAUACUAAUCAGAAAGGUAUUCAAAAAUUCAAAAAUACAAAAAGUGUUCGUCAUUUGGAUGAUUUUACAGAAAUAAAAGAUAUAUUAAAUAAUUUAGAAUUAAAAUAUCAAGGAAGAUUUAAUUUUUUACAAGAAGCAUAAUAAAGAUGCUUUGAUUUUCAGAAAGAGUAAAUAUAAAAAAUUGAAAAAUUUCCAUUUCAUGAUUAUAAUUUAAUAAAAUUAGCAAAAGCUGAUGUUGAUAAUCAUAUUCAGAUAUUCAUAAAUGAAUUAGGUUUUUAUUAAAGAAUGUUAAAUGAAGUAAAAACGUACAAUAAUUAAACGUCGAAAUCAAUUUUAGAACUUUAUACAAGAAAUGAUGAUAAAUUUAAUAAUGAUAUCAUUAACAAGCAAAAAUAAGUUUUUGAUAAAAUAAGAACUAAUUUAGCAAAAAGAGGUCUUGAUUUUUAAAAAAUGUUUGCAAAGUAUGAAAUAUAAUAUUCUUAGUUAAGAAGAAAAGAUUCAUUAAGCUGAUGAGAGAUUAAAGAAAUUAGAAAAUCCAUAUGCAUCAAGCAAGAUAUUCAAAUAUAGUGCUAUUAUUACAAUGUUAAUUUUAAUUAGUAAUCAAUUUUCUAUUUUAACAUCAAAGAAUUAAACAUAAAUUCAGAUGAAAGAAACAAUUCUAAUUGAAUCUGAUAUGAAUUAGAUGAAAGAAUAAUUGGCAGAUUUUCAACAAGAGAACAUAAUAAAAAUCGAAGAAAUUAAAAACACAAUGGAUAGUAAAUUAAUUAGUGAAAUUGAAUAUCUAAAAUUAUACAAUUAAUAAUUAAAAGUAGAGAUGAUAGAAUUAUAGAAACAAUUUAAAGAUAUGACACUCUUAUAAAAUUAGACUAUAACAAUUCUCUCUUAGGAAUUAUAUAAUCUAAAAGAAUAUGUAUCAAUUUCAUUAAAUUAAAUUUCCAAUUUUAAUAGUGUAUAAACAAUUAAUCAAAAUAGCUAAUAAAAAGUAAUUAUUUCAAGUUAGGAUGAUAAUACAAUAAUAUUGAAAUUAGAUAAAGUUGAUGAAAAUAUUAAUGAAGUAAAUUCUAGAUUGAAUAAUACUAUAGAAGAAAUGAAAGAAUAUGUAGAUUAUAGAAUUUUAUUGAAUAAACAAUAUUUCAAUGCUCAACGAUAUCUAUUAGGAAGUAUUGAAUUAGAUUAUCCUAUUGUACUAUUAUAAGGCUUUAAAGUAUAUUUAGAUUAAUUUUUAAAUUAAUCUCUUACUCAGCAAUAAAUGGAAAAUUUGGGUAACUCAUUCAGUUCAACUGGAAUUGCUUGCUUUGGAGGAAUAUCUGUUAAAAAACCUACUCAUUUUGCUUUAAUGGCAUGUGAUUAUGCAUUUGAAAUGUUCACCAUUACAGAAAGUAGAGAGAAAGCAAGAAAGAGUAAAUCAAGUGAUAAUCUAUUUUGGUAUUAUGUACCUAGAAUUUCAAUUGGAUUUGCUCCAUAAGAAAAGGUUCAUCUUUAUUUAGCAGAUAAUUAUGAUCCCCAAGAUCCGAAAAGAUUUAGUAUAUGGUUGGAUCAUCCUUAAGGAGGUAAAAGAAUAGGUAAUCAAACUCUAAUCAACACAACUGAAUAUAAAAUGGCAUUAUAUGUAAUUUAAUGAAG